AUGGGAUUAAUUGCGCGGCACUAUUGUGCAUUGAUGAAGAAGAAUUGGAUUAACUGGAAAAGGACUCCAAUUGCCUCACUCGCAGAGUUGUUUUGUCCAGUCGCAUUGAUGACUGUUCUGACUCUUUUCAGAAUUAGUAUAGAUUAUGAAAUCAUUCUUGCAAAUACUAAUAUACCCACAACAACAUUCUUCAGUCCACCUGAUCAUUUGAAUCUUACAAACUUCACUUAGUCAUAUUAAAAUGCUUUUGGUCUCUACGGUAAAUAUUUGAAUGAUACUGGAGGUUUAACUGUGGAGAGAACCGAUCCUGUUCUCAACUUUAUAACCACAGCAUGUAGAAAGACUGAUCAAGAUGAUACAAGAACAGUGAUUGCUUAUUCUGCUCGAGACAAUUAUAUUAAUAGUAUAAGGAACAAUAUCAAAGCAAUAUAGAAAAAUCAGAAAAUGUAUCAAUAACAGGUUAUUCCUUUGAACAUAUUUCUGCAGUCGAUAUAACUCUAAAAUUAGUCUAAGAAUGCUACAGAAAAAUAAAAUAUUUAAAAAUCAAUUGACUCUUAGAAAUCAUUUAACAAAACACUUGAGGAAAGUGUAAUUGACUUUGAAUACAUGGCUUUCAAGUCUCAUGAUGACAUUAUAGAUUACAUCGCAUCUUCGGAUUAUAUGCUAAGAGGAGGAAAAAAAGGAAUAUGCUUUGGAUUUUCCGUUUUAGAAAAUGGUUCUGAUGACAUCGAUGUCAAACUGAUUUUCAAUGGAAAUCAAGGAGAAACUGAAGCUAGAUAGAUACCUCUUCAGUUAACCUAACCUUGGUCUUAAUACUUAAUCAAGGAAGACAAGCCAUCAUACUACAGUUACACCAAGCAAGGGUUUUCUUACAUGCAAAAUUGGAUUGCAAAUAUUGUACUUAGAGAAAAAUCAGGCAAGCAAAAUGCUACUAUUGCUAUGAGUAUUGUUCCAUUCAAGGCAGAUGAGUACAUAAAAGAUGACUAUGGUACAGUUUUAAGUGUAGUUUUAGCUUAUUACUUGUUGCUAAUGUAUAUCAUUCCAGUAUACAGGUUGAUACAAAAAAUAGUAGCUGAGAAAGAAUCUAAGGCUAGAGAGAGUAUGAGAAUGAUGGGAUUAACUGACUUCUCCUAUUGGUUAUCUUGGUUUACAUACUACUUUUUAAUUGUGACAAUCAUUAGCGCUCUUUGCAUCAUCAUUCUUUCCAUCAAUGUUUUCAAGUACUCUGACAGGGCAUACAUAUUCUUAUAUUUCUGGGUUUAUGGAAUGUCUCUAUUCGGUUUUUGCAUAUUUUUGCAAUCAUUUUUCUCAACAGCUAGAGUUGCAGCAAUUACUGGAACAUUAGCCUAUUUUUGUACUUGGUUUGUAAGUCAAGCAGUUGCAGAUCCCUCUGUUUCAACAUUAAGUAAAAACUUAGCCUCGCUGUUGUCCACUGUAGCAGUCUCACUUGGGUCUACUAAUUUAGGAUUAUUUGAGAUUAAUGGACAAGGUGUUAAUUCAGAGACAGCUAAGAACUAUUACAAUAACUACUCAUUUGAAGAUUGCAUCAUAAUGAUGGCCAUUUCAUUCUUCUUGUUCUUAACUAUUGGACUAUAUUUAGAUAAUGUGCUUCCAAGUGCUUUUGGCCUUCGUAAGCCAUGGUAUUACUUUGUAACAAGAGGAUAUUGGUGUAGAUUGAAAAGAAAUGGUAAAGUCUAAAAUAGCAAACUAUCAUCACUUUAAGAUGAUUCUGAAAAUCAAUCUUUGUUUGAAGCUAAAUUUAUGAAAAGAGAAAAUGUAGAGCCAGUAUCAAGAGAUUUAUAGGCUUAGGAAAAUGAAGACAAGAUACUUAAGAUAUCUGAACUUAAGAAGACUUUCACUAAUGGAUUCUAAGCAGUGAAAGGACUUAACAUAAAGAUGUAUAAUGGCCAAAUUUUCGCUCUGCUUGGGCAUAAUGGUGCAGGUAAAACGACUACAAUAUCUAUGCUAACUGGUUUGAUUGAGUCAUCAUCUGGAAGUGCUGAAGUCUUCGGUCAUGAUUUAUUCAAUGAUAUGGAUUCAGUCAGAAACUUCUUGGGAGUCUGCCCUCAACAUGACAUCUUAUUUGAUCUUCUCACACCUGAAGAACAUCUCGAUAUAUUCUGUGACUUUAAAGGAGUUGAUAGUAAGGCAAAGAAAGAAGAAAUAUAGAAGAUACUUGUAGAUGUGGACGUUUAUGCCUAUAAAAACACUUAAGCCAGAAAUUUAUCAGGUGGCAACAGAAGAAAGCUCUCUGUUGCAAUUGCUUUGAUAGGAGGAUCAAAACUAGUGCUUUUAGAUGAACCUACUUCAGGAAUGGAUUUAAGUGCGAGAAGAAAACUUUGGAAUAUGCUAAAGAACUACAAGAAUAAUAGAAUCAUUAUAUUGACAACUCAUUACAUGGAUGAAGCAGACAUUCUUGGAGAUCGCAUUGGAAUAAUGACUGGAGGUCAAUUAAUUUGUCUUGGAGGCUCACUCUUUUUGAAGAAUCGAUUUGGUGUCGGAUAUAACCUAACAAUGGUAAAAAAGAGCAAAGAUCCUAAUCUUAAAAUAGGACAAUUUCUAAAUGAAGAAAUCGGGGAAGUAAGAAAACUUUCUGAGGUAUCUAGUGAAAUAACAUAUUAGAUUCCAACAGCACUUUCGUUUAAAUUUAAAGACUUCUUUCCUAAGUUUGAUUAAUGCCUCGAUUCACUUGAGAUUAGAAGCUAUGGAAUUUCAGUCACUACUCUUGAGGAAGUAUUUUUGAAAGUAGGACAUGGUGAAGAUCCAGUGGAGCUUUAAAAAGCUAAGGAGGUUGUAAUGAAAUAAAUUACUUAAACACCUGAUAAAAAUGAUGAUUACUCAGUUGCAGAAAAUCAUGAAACAGGAACAAUCAAUGUUUUUUUAAUCCAUCUUGAUGCUAUGAUAAGGAAAAGAAUUCAACUCUAUAAGAGAAAUUACAACGGAUUGGUCGUAGAAAUUCUCAUUCCAGUACUCUUGGUAUUGAUUGGUCUAUCGUUUACGAGAGUUCGCUUUUUAAAAGAUGGGCCAGUAAGAGAAUUGAAACCAGAUACCUUUCCUUUAAAAUAGAGAGUCCAAUAUAACAACGAAUUUUUCCUUAAUAGUUCAAUGACUCAAUCUUGGACUCCGACAAUUUUCAUGGAAAAUUUACCUCAAUCUAAAGAUGCUUUUGAAGCAACAUCCAGAAGUUAUAAAAAUGAAACUAAUAGAACUAAUGUUAUCUGGAAAUUCGAUGAGGAUGUAUUUAAGUCCAGACUACAAAAGCCUUACACUCCUUUUAGAUUUGGUUCAUAUUUCUUCUAUGAAGCUGACCAGAGCAAACUUAUGUUCAAGGUACUAACAUUUGUCAACUUGACAUCCCAAGAUGUUACUGCUUAUUUCCCUCAAUUUAUGUACGAAUCUAUUCUUAAGGUAGCUUUGAGUAAACCAAACCUGAAAUUCAAAGUUUCAUCUCAUCCAUUCCCUGUGACUGCAAAAUUAAGAAACAGAUCAUAAGGAACAAAUGGAUUUUUUAUUAUAUUUGUUGUAGCUAUUGGAUUUGCAAUGAUUCCCGCUUCUGUAGUUACUUUUAUUGUUAAUGAGAGAGAGAAAAGUUUGAAACAUAUGUAAAUGGUCAGUGGUAUGAGCUUGGCAGCUUAUUGGGUUAGUAACAUUAUCUUUGAUAUUUUGAAAGCUAUUAUACCAUCUGCGAUUGUAAUUGGCCUAUUGUAUGCUUUUGAAGUGGCUUACGAUUAUGUUUGGGUUCUCUUCCUGAUUUAUCCAUUAGGCGUUAUUCCGUUCUCAUACUUUACCUCAUAAUUCUUUGCAAGCGAGAACUUUUGUUAAACUUUGACUAUCUUUGUGCAUUUUGUUAUUGCUGGAAUAGGAGGUAUAAUUGCAGGCGCUUUGAGAAUUAUUGAAGAUGCCUAUGACAUUGGAGAUAAACUAGUUUGGGCUUUUAAGAUUAUUCCCAGUUAUUGUUUAACAGAUAGCAUUGCUUACCAAUCACUCAAGCCAUAGCUAUUUCAAUUAAGACCUAAUUUGAUAAAGGAUGAUCUAGAUUUUGAAGCAGUUGGAGGUGAUAUUGCUAUCAUGCUGGUACAUGCAGGUUUAUGGACAAUCCUUUUAAUAUUGUCUGAAGCUGGGGCUUUUAACUUUAUCUUAAGAUGCUUCGAGAGAAUCUAAAGAAGAAAUGUACCUGCUCUGAAAGAAUUAAACUAGGAUGAUGAUGUAAUUGAAGAGGAAAACAGGGUUGAAAAAAUAAGUCCAAAUCUUUUGAAAGUUCGGGUGAAUAAGUUUAGAAAAGUAUACUCAUAGGGUUUUAGUCGAGGCUCCGUUGCUGUUGAAAAGACUUCAUUUGGACUUGAAUAUGGAGAAUGCUUUGCUCUUUUAGGAGUAAAUGGUGCUGGUAAAACAACUACUUUCAAAAGCUUAACAGGCGGAAUAACUCCCACAUCUGGAUAGGUUACUAUAUGUGGAAUGGACAUACUUAGAGAUUUUAAUAAAGUUAGAAAAUUGAUUGGUUAUUGUCCCUAGUAUGAUGCAAUCUUUCCACUCAUGACAGUUGAGGAUCACCUUUAUUUCUAUGCAAGAAUAAAGGGAAUCAAGAAAGAGUUGAGGGAAGAGUUAGUAGAAAAGUAAAUAAAGGAAAUGAACUUAAGUGAACAUAGGAAGAAACCAGCAGGAACUUUAUCAGGAGGCAACAAGAGAAAGUUAUCAGUUGCAAUAUGUGUCCUUGGAAAUCCACCCAUCAUUUUACUUGAUGAACCAUCUGCUGGAAUGGACCCUGAGGCUAGAAGAUUCAUGUGGUCAGUAGUAGCAAAAAUAUCUUAAUUAAGAAAGAAAAGUGCAGUUAUCUUAACUACUCACUCAAUGGAGGAGGCAGAGGCUUUGUCAACUAAAAUGGGAAUCAUGGUUAAAGGAGGGACAUUUAAAUGCUUUGGUUCUAGUUAACAUAUCAAGAGUAAAUAUGGUACAGGUUAUGAGAUAGAAGUUAAAGUGAAAAAAUAAUCAAACAUUGAGAUGAAAUCAAUGGUUGACUAGUUUUAACUUCUAAACAGAGAUUAAAUCCCUUUGAGUGAAAUCGAAGAUAUCUUAAGGAAGAAUUAUGUGGAUGAUUUUCUGGUCAAUGAGCUAAGAAUAAACGGGCUAGGGAAUGACAUCUGUCUUGAAGCUAAUGAGCACAAUGGGAUGGUAGAAACAAGGAAUUUCAUCAAUUGGAUGUAUGUUGAAUAAGCUGGAAUGAAAAUUAUUAAAGGUCUUUGCAAUGACUUCGAACUCGUUGAAAUCCUUGAGCAUUAUAAUGAUUACUAUAAAAUUAGAGUCCCGAGAAAAGAUAAAUCAAUAGGUUAUGUUUUCAGUUUGAUCGAAGGUAAAAAAGAGGAAUUUAAUAUUAGUGAAUACUCUGCUUCUCAAACAACAUUAGAACAAAUAUUCCAGACAUUCGCUAAUUAAAAAAUUGAUGGAGAUAAUAUACUUAAGUUCCACAAGGAAAAUGGAUUAUUUAGCAGAAAAAAGACUUUAUUAUUAGAGGACAUACCUCAAGAAUUUUCUAUUAAUGGAUAUAAUGGGAAAACAAAUGCCUGA